UCACUCCCCCGACUUCAGCUUUAACCCUUCUUGUUACUUGUCAUUGAUCGUUUGGGUUGAUAGUAUCUUCACUGAAGCGCCAUCGAGCGAGGACCGAGUCAGCUGAGUGAGUGAGUUUAACGAGUGAAAGAGGAAAAGAUGUCGUUUACGUUGAGAAGCGUGAAGGUUCCGCCGAACUCGGCGAGUCUGCAAGAGGCAAGGGCUCGGGUCUUUGAUUUCUUCAGAGCGGCCUGCAGAUCAAUUCCCCAAAUCAUGGACAUCUACAAUCUACAGGACGUCGUCACCGUGUCCCAGCUCCGCUCCACCAUCGCAUCUGAGGUUCGCAAGAACUCCAACGUCACCAAUCCCAAGGUAAUUGAUUUACUGCUCUUCAAAGGAAUGGAAGAGCUGAACAACAUUACAGAGCAUGCAAAGCAGCGGCAUCACAUUAUUGGCCAAUAUGUAGUGGGUCAACACGGGCUUGUGAAGGAUUUGGACACCAAGGAUCAAGGCAUCUCUGAGUUCCUCAAGAACUUCUAUAAGAGCAACUACUUUUAAACUUCAAUAUUUUGUGGAAUUAUGUCCAUCCCUCACUUGAGUUUUCCCUUUGAGUAUUGAUUUUCUCAAAUAAUAAUGAACUACCAUCUGUUUAUUCUUCUGUCGGAUGAAAUACUUGUUUAUCUUAUGGUUCACUUUACUGGAACCAUAUUAAUACAUUUUAUUUUGUGAUUU